AUGUCGGCAGCGGCGGAGAAGCCGCAGCCGCCGCAGCCUCAACCGGCGCUGGGAGCGCCCCCGGCCAUGGAGUCCGCCUCGUCCACCACCUCCUCGACGCCCAGCAGCAGCAGCGGCGGCGGCGGAGGAAGCGGCGCGCCCAAGGCGAAGAAGACCAACGCGGGCAUCCGGCGGCCGGAGAAGCCGCCCUACUCCUACAUCGCCCUCAUCGUCAUGGCCAUCCAGAGCUCGCCGUCCAAGCGCCUGACGCUGAGCGAGAUCUACCAGUUCCUCCAGAGCCGCUUCCCCUUCUUCCGCGGCUCCUACCAGGGCUGGAAGAACUCGGUGCGCCACAACCUCUCGCUCAACGAGUGCUUCAUCAAGCUGCCCAAGGGCCUGGGCCGCCCGGGGAAGGGCCACUACUGGACCAUCGACCCGGCCAGCGAGUUCAUGUUCGAGGAGGGCUCCUUCCGACGGCGGCCCCGCGGCUUCAGGCGGAAGUGCCAGGCCCUCAAGCCCAUGUACAUGAUGAACGGCUUGAACUUCAACCACCUCCCGGACAGCUACGGCUUCCAGGGGCCCGCCUGCCCGCCCAACAGCCUCCCCCUCGACGCCGGCCCGCUGGGCAUGAUGAACAUGGACGGCAUGGGCCUGGGCGGCCACGCCGUGCCCCACCUGCCCUCCAACGGCGGCCACCACGCCUACAUGGGCAGCUGCGGCGGGGGCGCCGGCGGGGGCUCGGCCGGCGGGGACUACGGCCACCACGACGGCUCCGUGCCGGCCUCGCCGCUCCUGCCCGGCGGGGGGGUGAUGGAGCCCCACUCGGUCUACUCCGGCACGGCCCCCUCGGCCUGGGCGCCCUCGCCGGGCCUCAACAGCGGCGCCUCCUACAUCAAGCAGCAGCCCCUGUCGCCCUGCAACGCGGCCGGCAACCCGCUGUCCUCGGGCCUCUCGGCCCACUCCCUGGAACAGCCUUACCUGCACCAGAACAGCCACAACCCGGCGGAACUGCAAGGGAUCCGCUACCAUUCCCAGUCUCCGAGCAUGUGCGACAGGAAGGAGUUUGUGUUCUCCAUCAACGCCAUGGCGUCCUCUUCGAUGCACUCGGGAGGCAGCGGCUCUUAUUAUCACCAGCAAGUGACGUACCAAGACAUUAAGCCUUGUGUGAUGUGA